AUGGCAGACGAGGUGGCAGCCAUCAACAUCCAUACGGAGCCCAUGGCCAUUGGAGACGAGGUAGGUGGUGAGUUUUUUUUUAACUUUAGCCGGUGUACUCAGAUAGAAGUUGCACAUGCCGCUAGUGUAUGUGAACGUACCGUAAAUGAUUGGUACAACUUUUGUCGGGAAGUUAUAUUACAUCAUAUUGAACAUAGUAGUACUCCAAUAGGUGGGCCCGGCAAAAUCGUCGAAAUUGACGAAGCCAAGUUCGGGAAACGAAAAUACAAUAGAGGGAGGUACAUUGAAGGAGUGUGGGUGUUCGGCGGGUUCGAACGUGAUUCCAAAAAAACGUUUAUGGUCCCGGUACCCGACCGUUCACGGGAAACGUUAGUUGCCCAAAUACGGAAGUGGAUAUUACCGGGAACCAAGAUCAUCAGCGACUGUUGGGCAGCAUACUCCCAGUUGCAACUGGAGGGCUACACGCAUGAAACCGUGAACCACUCCAAAAAUUUCGUGGAUCCCGAAACUGGGGCAUCAACCCAGAACAUCGAACGUUGCUGGAGGGACGCGAGGGCUGACGUACCUAAAUACGGCAGAAGGGAGGACUCGUUCGUUAAGUACCUGGCAAACCAUCUCUUCCGCCGAAAAUAUCCAAAGUACGAAGCCCGGUUUCACGUGUUCAUGCGUGCGGUCGCGAACCUGUACCCACCUCCCGUUUCCCCCGCCGAGCACGAAUUUGACGACUCCCAAUAAUAAGGUAAGUUAAUUGAUGUCUGUAAGUUAAGGUAAAUGUUUUCUGGUUAAGGGUCAAAGCGUUUAGGUAGUAAAUAGCAGAUAAGUGUUCUUAUUGGCAAGCGGAAGACAGGGCCGGUGACCAUUUCCGAACAUUCACUUACCCUAACAGCCCACGUGUUCGAACUGUGAACUCGGCCAAAACAGUAAUCAUGGCAUUCUAGAAAUUACUAAGUUUUUACAAGUAACAAUGGAUGUUAAAAAUUAUCGAUAAAAAGGUAUACUACUAGAAUGUUGUAGGCUAACAGCCCAUGUGUUCGAACGGUAAAACUUUACAAAUGUAGUGGUCUUAUUGGUAAGUCGUAGACAGGGCCGCACAUCAUGUCCGCACCUCCGAACCUCCGCGUAGGCUAUCAGCCCAUGUGUUCGAACUACUAAUCUUUAACUGCAUGUUAUCGAAAAUUAGGCCAAAACAUACGUUUUUCGUGUGUUUUUUGGCGCUUCAUACCUAACACGUAGCCUAGGCCAGCCAUGUCCGAAUGCGGGAUGUUUCUUAGGUAGGCAAGAAACAUCUUAGGCUAGCGGUGUCAGUUUGUAUGUAGAGUAAGGGGUCAGCCUCACCGCCGUUUUCGUGGGUUUCCCAGUGUUAAUUGGGUUUGUAUGUAGAGUAAGGGGUCAGCCUCACAGCCGUUUUCGUGGAUUUCCCAGUGUUAAUUUUUGUCGUCUCUGUUUCCCCCCACCCAAAAACCCCGGUUUCCCAAUAGGUCCCCCCUUACCGUUUUACGAAAAUUACGCCUGGAAACACUAUCCAUUUGCCCUUUAUUCUGUCUGUGUUCCCCCACCCAAAAACCCCGGUUCCCAACAGGGUCCCCCAUUACCGUUUCUAUAGUUAUAUAUAUAUACUAAUAUUUAACUGCAUGUUAUCGAAAAUUAGGCCAAAACAUACGUUUUUCGUGUUUUUUUUGGCGCUUCAUAGGCCGCGCAAGCUUUGUCAAGUUUUACCAAGAGGUUACCUAGCCUAUGCUUAUGCACCGGUACCGUCGUCUUUUUAAUUCACCUCAGGAUAGGCCGUUUGCCCUCUGUUAUUUGCUAGUUAGGUAUCUAGGUAAAAAUAA